GUUUGGCUGAUCACUCGUCCGAAAUUGGCAAAUUCUUCUUCAUCAUGGUACGCCUUGGUCUUCGCUUCUUGCUCUUUGGUAGGACGGUCGCACAGAAAGCAAAAGGACGCGCUCUAUUGAAAGAGUCUCGCGAAGCACCACAUAAAGGUCUUUACCACGGAGAAACUUAUGUGUUUGGCUACAGAACAACAUGGUCUGGCAAAAAAACUCCACGAGUGUGGAAGCCAAAUGUCUUUGAAAAGACAUUCUACAGUCAAGUGUUAGAACAAGACUUGUCACUGAAGGUCAGUGUGCCUGCUCUGAGAUGUAUUGACAAAGCUGGUGGACUUGACAAUUACAUCAUUAACACACCUGAAAGAACUCUGCAUUCUAAAUUAGCUAUUGAUCUCAAGAAACUUAUGGUGUGGGUUGUCAAAUGUAAAGAAGAAGGUGUGGAAAUGGAGCAGAUCAGGAGUGAGGUUUUUCCCAAACCAAGAAUAAGUCGUCAUGUUCACAUUCCAAAAGAAUAUACCAACAGAUUUUACUUUGAUUGGAAAGGACCUCGCAAACAGAUGGUGUUUUGUUAGGGAAAGUAUGUGUAUUGACCCUAAGUGUGUGAAAUCGUCAUGUUCACAUUCCAAAAGAAUAUACCAACAGAUUUUACUUUGAUUGGAAAGGACCUUGCAAACAGAUGGUGUUUUGUCAGGGAAAGUAUAUGUACCGAAUCUAAGUAUGUAAAAUAUUGGUGGUUGUUUUAAACUUGGAAUGGAUUUAGAGAGUAGAAGACUGAACCUGAAAAGGUACCUCCUUUCCUUCAUGGGUCUAGUAACAAAGUGAAUCAGGUGUUAAGUUACUUAACAAGUUGUUGGACUAACCCGCAGCACAUUUCAUGUAUUGAUGCCUGAUUACCUCUUGUUACAGUGUUGGGUGCAUUUUGACACCUGGAAACUCUCAUAAAUGCUACUGAAUGUUUCUUAUGAUGGGGCAGAAAUCACACAAAAGUGUGAGGAAAGAGAUCUGAUCAGUAAUUACAGUAAACAUGACAUUCCAA